AAUGCGAAGGCAAGAAUAUGGAUGAUCAUCAAAUACUAUACGACGUACAAUAUGGCCUAAUGGUAAACUAUGUGGCUGAACAAACCGGGAUAAUUUAUUUAUUACAGCGAUGGCUAACGCUUUCAUCUUUAGAAUGCGAAGGCAAGAAUAUGGAGAUCAUCAAAUACUAUACGUACAAUAUAGCUAAUGGUAAACUAUGUGGCUUAACAAACCGGGAUAAUUUACUUAUUAAUACAACGAUGGCUAUAUAA